UCAUUUUACAGACAAACUGAAGUCUUUUAUUUUUCUCCUGCAAGACAGUUUCAUUCUCCUGAUCAUCCCAGUAAUCCACCUCUAUAUUGGUUCCCAUCUGAUUUCAACUUUCUCAAGCACUGUUGACCAGAUUCACUAUUUUUGUCGCAUGUGAAGUUCAUCAAAUAGUUUGGCCUGAAACUCCUUUAACAGAUCCACAAAAGCUUGAAGAUCAAUCAGAAAAAGAAAUUCUGCCCUACCUGUGACAAUCAGAGAGUGGAACAAAAAAUGCCAGUGAAGUCAAACACUGGGGAAACAAUGGCCUGGUCUGAGUCUGUGGAUACUCUACUGGCCAAUAAAGAUGGCUUGGAAGCUUUUAGGACAUUUUUGAAGUCAGAAUUCAGUGAGGAGAACGUGGAGUUCUGGCUGGCCUGUGAGGACUUCAAGAAAACCAAGUCCUCCACUAAGAUGGCCUCAAAAGCCCAAAAGAUUUAUUCUGACUUUAUACAAGCUGAUGCUCCCAAGGAGAUUAACAUCGACUUCCAUACCAAAACCCACAUCUCUCAGAACAUCUCUGAGCCCACCCUCAGCUGCUUUGAUGAUGCUCAGAGGUCAAUCUACAGCCUCAUGGCAAAGGACUCUUUCCCCAGGUUUCUAAGGUCAGAAGCGUACAAGGAACUAGUCAAGAAGCAACAGAAUGGAAAUCCGAAGAGAUGGCUCCCAUUUUUGUGAGAGACUUAAGGGAUUAUGAAUUAGUAAAUGUCUGCCAUUGCAACUCAGUACAGACAAUAUUUUAUUAAAGUGAUUGUACAAACCUGAUCUAAGAAUUGCCUUUGCUGGCUUGUUUUUAAGUACAAUAUGUACAUGACACUUUCUAAGAAUGGUGGAGAAAUAUUCAAGAAACAGGACAGAAUAUACUAAGGCAUUUGAGCUACCUUCUCAGUAAAGAAGUUUGCCGUUGAUAAUUUUUCCAGUGCUUGCUUUAUUUGGCGAUGUGUUUUCACAUUUUUGAGCAGAAUGUUUUGGUUUUCUGCUUUGCCCUUGAUUUUUCUUUAGAAGGAUGGCCUCAAAAAUCAAAUCCUUUCAGGGGACUUGAAUAUAUUUAC